AUGGCAGUAAUCCUUGACAUCACUCAACCGAUUCCGUGGACUCACAGUCGCUCUCAUAUCGAAAGGCCAACACAAGACUCGGUCGGCAAAGCUCUGCCAAUCCAUCCGACUGUGAAUGUCGUGAGGGAUGGCCUCCAAACACACAACCAUGACAUCCAAAGAUCAUUGUUAAAACGCAUUGAAUAUCCGCUGUAUAGGGAAGCGCUUGCAAGAAGUCACCGCCGAAGUGAUCUGUAUUUAAAGCAAUUCAACCCAAUGAAUACCAUUCGAGGGGUCACCAAGACUGUCAUUCAGUCCAUCGAUGCUCUGGUUAACACAGAGGACGACCCUCCGUUAGCAGUAUUGAGGCAGAACUUAGUGGACGCCAUAGAGGAGGACAUAGCCAUCAGUGAGGACUCCUAUCCGCUGGCAAUUGUUCUCCAAUUUCGUCGGGUUUUUGCAGAGAGCGUGAAAUCAUUGGAACUACUAUUAGGUGAUACGAAAGCCACUCAGGGAGAGGGUGUCCACCCUAUGGUCAGUGAUUUGCUGUCAAUAGUGACCAAAUUCAUGCGCGAGGGCUCCACUAAAAUCAAAUUCACUCCGAUGUCGUCUCCUAGUAGUGUUGUAGUCAUCGGAGUUGAGGUCGAAAGUCAUGGAACCGGCGAAUCCGUUGUCACGAAUCCAUUGAGCCUUUAG